GAAUAGAUUCAAGAGAAAUGUGUACUCUGAACUUAGAUUUUAUUAGUAUCGGUUCGUAGCUCUCAUGGUUGUAAUUGUUGAAUAUUUUCUGGAAUCGUUUCAGUUAAUUCAGUGCAAUCUUUAACCCAAAAAAAGUUAUCAUUACUUAAUCAAACGCCAUCUUUCUUACAGUUUUUUAACUUAAAUCAUGCGAACCACAUGACUAAUCUCAGAUUUGAGAAAUGACUUAAUUUUGUUGUUUUUUGUUUCACUCGUAAUAGAGAUUGUCCCACUUUUCAUAAUAGCUGCCAAAAAUGAGCUAUUAUAAGUUUAGUUUCUUUGUUUUGUUUUUGUAUAUUUAAAAUUACGAAAAUUUAUCAACUUGGCUUCGGGAAUAUCAGCAGGUUAACAUAUUUCUUCGCAUUGCCUUCUAUUAGUGAUAACUUGAUCUAUUUGUUUUGGUAUCUUUCAUACCUGGUGCAGCUUAGUGCCCAAUUUUUGAUCCUAACUUGAUUUCAAUAUGGAGAAAGAGACGAUUAAAGAAGGUGUUAUAACUACUGUUAAUUUGUCUGAUAUUCCUAUUCGGGCCUUAAGGAUUAAAAGUCGAACCUUGCUGUCUAAAUGUUUGAAUGCUAUCCAAAUUAUACCUGCACAAUCAGGUUUACCCAGAGAUUAUCGAGGUAUUGCUGAUCUAUUUGGUUUGGAUAAUCAUCUUGUUUCAACCAUUGAAAGAAGUGCAGAUCCAUUCAAAAUGAUUCUGGAAAAUGUUGAGAAAGAACUGAAAAUAUGUGAAUCUGGAUCAAAGAAUCCUUACUCAAUCAACGAUUUGAUUGGAUUUUUGGAAUCCAUCGAACGAUUUGACGUUAUUGAUGAUUGCAUGGAAUUGUUUUAUCAAGAUGCACUAUUUCAUUCCAAUAAGAUGAAAAAACUUUCUAUUAAAGGUAGGAAGCACGAUUUAUUGACAAUCAAUGAUAGCCUCGGUGAUAAUGAUGAGGAUAUACAUUAUGAUGCAUAUGUUUGUUACGCUGAUGAAGAUAUUGAUUUUGUUACCUUCCUGUCGGAUUAUUUGGAAUCUCCUCAAAUUGGUUUGCGGUUGUUUAUUCGUGAUAGAGAUCUGCUUCUGGGUACAAUGAAAUACGACGCUUACACUAAAUUGAUUGAGCAAAGAUGUAAUUACGUUAUCAUCAUAUUAACCCCGGAUUUCGUUGAAUCCGAGGAAUGUAAAUAUCAGACACUUUUUGCAACAGAUUUAGCUAUUCAAGAUAGAGAGAGAAAAUUGAUUCCAAUCAUAUUGAAAUCAUGUAAUAUACCCCCAUUCGUUCGACUCAUGUCUAAAAUAGACUUUUCUAGACGAGAUUCUAAAUGGGAAUGGGUCUGGCGUAAAUUAAUUUUCUCAAUCAGCUCCAAACCCAUGAUUUUAACAUCACCACCCAGUUAUCCGUGUAUAACCUACAGCAGUGUUCCCCAAGAAAAACAUUCAACAAAUGAAAAUAGCCAGCUUCAUGAUCAACUUUAUCUCCAUAAUCAUAGUAGUCGCCAUCUAAAUCACCAAUCUCCGUUGACUGCUCCAUACAAGCCUGAUUCUCCAAUCAAUGAGACUUCAAUUUCGACCAAAACUCUUUCAAGUAACAUCUCAAUUAAAUCUUUUCCGUCCGUUCCAACUAGUUCAUUAAUAAGCAAAGAAGAAUCUCGAUCAAUAGACUCCGGUCAUGCCGAAUCAAUUAGCCUUGAAUCGUCUACAUCUCUUUUAUCAACCGACAAACCCAAGAAAAAUUGGCUAAGAUUUUUUAAACAAAAGUUAACUGGACUAGGCUCAUCUGAUUCUUCGGCGAAUGGCUAUAAUAACCUAGAAAAUUGUGAUGUUAAAUGACGAACAUUUGUUAUACAUUUUAUAAUUUUAUUUGUAAAUUUUAUUUUCUUUUGCACUUUUAUAUAACGAAUUCAAACUAAUAAAAUAUCUUUAUAUUUUGCUCAAUUAA